UCCUUUUCUCUUUCUUGGAACUGAGCUCUCUUCUCUCUCCUCUCCCUUUCUCUCCCUCUCGUGGCUUUGAUAAGAAUUCCUUGAAGAUCCGCUUCUUGGCCUCUCACAGGGUAAUAGAUAUUAUCUGGGUCAUCCUGGCUUGAUCAUGGCGAUUUUCAGAGGUCUGGAGUUGAUUGGGAUGGUUUGGAUGUAACUCAUAUUGUUUAGCAAAUGGAAAUCAGUGUCCAUGUGUUCUGGGUUGGAGACUAUCAGGGUUUCCUCUGUUUUGGACCGACUUAGCUGAUGUCGUAAGCGAUUCGGAUAGGUCCCAUAUCGCCCUGACGUAACAUUUUAAGUCGGUAGGAGCAGCUCGUGUUUGUGUUUGGUUGGCUUAAAGAUAAACCUUACGUUCGUCCGGGUUUUGAGCAUAAACUCUGUCAGUUUGCAGCGCGAAAACCGCAAAACAAGACAGCUGGGGGAGGGUUUAUUUGCUACGGCAAUAAUAUCACUAGAUAUAGGAUGGUGUUAUCAACAAAUAAAUGUCAUUUAUUCUGCUAGGAGUUCUGUGAAGAAAUCUUCAUUUUCUUCUUAGUGUUUCGUCAAAUCCUUGUUCGGAGUUAAGUUCCCAUAUAGAUAUAGGAUGGAAGCUGAAAUCGUGACCGUCAGAACUGGGCUAGGGUUCAUUCAGCGGAUGGGUCCUGCUCUUGUGCCAGUCCUUUUGAUUUCUGUCGGAUACAUCGAUCCUGGGAAAUGGGUGGCGGUUAUCGAAGGAGGAACACGUUUUGGGUACGAUUUGGUGGCGAUUAUGCUGCUUUUCAAUUUCGUUGCCAUCUUGUGUCAGUAUAUAGCUGCUCGAAUAAGUGUUGCAACCGAUAGAAACUUAGCCCAGAUCUGCAAUGAUGAGUAUGACAAGUGGACAUGCAUGUUCUUGGGAGUUCAGGCAGAGUUCUCUGCAAUUUUACUCGAUCUUACAAUGGUUCUAGGUGUUGCAAAUGCACUUAACCUUCUCUUUGGAGUGGACGUGGCUACCGGGGUGUUUUUGGCUGCCAUCGAUGCUUUCCUGUUUCCUGUCUUUGCCUCUUUCCUCGACAAUCGUGUGGCGAAUACCGUAUCCAUUUUCUCGGCAGGCCUGAUUUUGCUUUUCUAUGUUUGUGGUGUCCUUUCAAGUCAGCCCGAGAUCCCGUUCUCUAUGAACGGAAGCUUAACAAGGUUGAACGGGGAGAGCAUAUUCGCCUUGAUGAGCCUUCUUGGAGCAAGUGUCAUGCCUCACAAUUUUUAUCUCCAUUCUUAUUUUGCCGGGGAAAGUACAUCUUCAUUAGAUGUCUCGAAGAGCAGCUUAUGUCAAGACCAUCUUUUCGCCAUCUUUUGUGUCUUCAGCGGUCUGUCCCUCGUAAAUUAUGUCCUGAUGAAUGCAGCGGCAAACGUGUUCCACAGUACCGGCCUUGUCUUUCUGACUUUUCAGGACGCCAUGUCAUUGAUGGAGCAGAUUUUUAGGAGCCCUUUGGUUCCAGUGGCGUUUUUGGUGAUCAUGUUUUUCUCUAAUCAAAUUACUGCACUGGCUUGGGCUUUCGGCGGGGAGGUUAUCCUGCACGACUUCCUGAAGAUAGAAAUACCCGGUUGGCUUCACCGUGCUACAGUCAGAAUUCUUGCUGUUUCGCCUGCCCUGUAUUGUGUUUGGACAUCUGGGUCAGAAGGGAUAUACCAGUUGCUAAUUUUCACGCAGGUGCUGGUUGCUAUGAUGCUCCCAUCAUCCGUCAUCCCUCUCUUUCGUGUCGCCUCGUCGAGACAAAUCAUGGGCAUCCACAAAAUUCCCCAGAUCUGCGAGUUCUUAGCACUUUCGACGUUCUUGGGGAUUCUGGGUUUAAAUAUCGUUUUUGUCCUGGAGAUGGCUUUUGGAAACAGUGACUGGGCUGGUGGUUUGAGAUGGAACACAGUAAUGGGCACGUCUUUGCCUUACAUUGCUCUUCUUGUUUCCGCUUUCGCGUCUUUAUGCCUGAUGCUUUGGCUGGCAGCCACCCCGCUGAAAUCCACGAGUAACAGGGUUGAAUCUCAAGUCUGGAAUCUGGAUAUUCAAAAUGCUUUAUCCUAUCCUUCUGUCGAAGAAGAGGAAUUUGAUAGAAGCGAGACAAGGCCAGGUAAAGAAGAAUCGAUGGCUCUGACAGGAAACAGGGCAAAGGAUCAGACGGAUACAUCUGUUGUUACAAGCUCAUGCUAUAACUUGCCAGAGACCAUUUUAAUGUCUGAACAAGAAAUCGGAUCGAGCCCUUUAAGGGAAAGCGAUACCAGUGUUAACUUUUCUGCCCCUAAGGUGCGUCUCGGGGAAGAUUCUGAAGUCGAAGAACAGUCUGUAUCGCAAUCGACGGUGGUGAACGAGGUUAGUGAUCAUGCUUCAGUUGUUGAAUCCAAGGCAGUAAAGGCUGAACCCACAAGUCCUGUGGAGAAAGCUGUCAGUAUAGAGAAUAACAACAAGCGGGUAGAGAAGGAAGUCGAUGAAGAAACACCCAAACCCGCUUCUCCGAGCAACUAUUUACCUGUUGUCUCUGAUGGGCCACCUUCAUUCCGCAGCCUCGGUGGGAAAAACGAGGAUGGUGGAAGUGGAACUGGAAGCCUCUCGAGAUUGGCGGGUUUGGGCCGAGCUGCUCGGCGAAACCUGUCUGCAAUUCUUGAUGAGUUUUGGGGGCAUUUAUAUGAUUUCCAUGGGCAAGUUGUGGCUGAAGCCAAGGCAAAAAAGCUGGAUCUGUUACUCGGUGUCGACCAAAAGGCAGCUUGUUCUGUAAAACCGGAUUCUUACAGAAAGGACAUCAGUGGAUAUUGGGGAUCAGAAACAGAUGUUACCUCGAGCUUAAACAAUUCUUUCAAGCAGCAGAGUGUACCGGGAAGCAUAGAUUCUUUGUACGGAGUACAAAGAGGUUCAUCAUCACCAUUUUCCAACAGAAUGCAAUUGUUGGAUCGAUAUGGUAACAGUCAACAAAAUGCUUAUGAAUCGGGUGAGAGAAGGUACUCGAGUUUACGUGUUCCGCCAUCUUCAGAGGGUCGGGACUAUCAGCCAGCUACGGUACAUGGGUACCAAGUUACGUCCUAUCUCGACAGACUUGCGAAAGAAAGGCUUGAACUCUUGCAUUCUCGUGGGGAAAUCCCAACAUCAAGAUCUUCAUCCCUUGGAUCUAUGAGUUAUACCGAGCAACUCGCUUUAGCUUUGAGGCAGAAGUCCCAGAACGGGAUAAACCCAGGACCAGCCCCCGGGUUUCACAAUCUGGCUCCUUCUAGAAACACGCCUCUACAAUCCGAAAGGUCGUAUCUUGAUGCUCCCUCAUCCGGACCCAUCGAUAAUGUCGGGAUAGCAGCCAACGGGAAGAAGUACAAUAGCAUGCCAGACAUAUCAGGACUCUCUAUGGCUACCCGAGAUUCGCGUUGGGCGACAGGAGGAUAUGGCAUGGGAUAUGGUCACGUAAGCAAUGAAGGAUCGUUAUAUUCGAGUUCUGGGUCGAGAGUACCGUUGGCUUUUGAUGACGUUUCUCCAUCAAGAAGCUACAGAGAUUCCACCUUUACCUUGCCUCAGACCACAACUGCAAACACUGGUUCACUCUGGUCUAGACAACCAUUUGAGCAGUUUGGCUUAGCAGAGAGAAAUAGUGAUGGCGAGGAACCUGGAAAUGGAUCUUCUGUUGUAGAUGCUGAGGCUAAACUGCUUCAGUCAUUCAGACACUGUAUUCUUAAGCUUCUUAAACUGGAAGGAUCUGACUGGUUGUUCGGACAAAGCGAUGGGACCGACGAAGAACUGAUCGAUCGAGUAGCUGCGAGGGAGAAGUUCAUCUACGAGGUUGAAAGCCAGGCGGGUCAUGCGGGUAGUGAGCCUUUGGUUUCAUCCGUUCCAAAUUGCGGAGAUGGUUGCGUAUGGAGAUCCGAUCUGAUUGUGAGCUUCGGUGUCUGGUGUAUCCACCGUAUUCUCGACUUGUCGCUCAUGGAAAGUCGACCCGAGCUCUGGGGAAAGUACACCUACGUUCUGAACCGCCUCCAGGGAGUGAUAGAACCAGCUUUCUCGAAGCCACGAACACCGAUGUCCCCAUGCUUCUGCCUGCAGAUUCCGGCUAGCCACCAGAGAGCGAGCCCGCCUUCCGUUUCUAACGGAAUGUUACCUCCGGCUGCAAAACCUGCCAGAGGGAAAUGCACCACCGCCGCCACGCUCCUCGAGCUCAUCAAAGACGUAGAGAUCGCCAUCUCUUGCAGGAAGGGACGGAGCGGGACAGCGGCCGGGGACGUAGCUUUCCCCAAGGGGAAAGAGAACUUGGCCUCGGUUUUGAAGCGGUAUAAGCGUCGGUUAUCGAAUAAACCAGUUAUUAUGAACCAGGAUGGACCCGGUUCUAGAAAGAACCUAACCGGGACCGUGUACGGAUCGUGAGUAGCCGCGGAUGGUGCAGAAAGUUUCAUCCUUUUUCUCUCGUCUUUUUUUUUCUUACCUUCUCAUUUUGGAUUGUAAUGUUUUGUUACUACGGAUGAUAGGACGAUAGCUUAACCGGACACACCCGGGAUUUAUAAUUUGCUACGGAAUCAAAAUCUCCGGUUCGAAUGGUUAUUCUCUUAACCGGGUUUCCGUUCCGGUUUAGUCAGCUUUGUCUAUGAUAACAAUGAUGACACGUGGCUCCGAGUCGGUAUAUGUUUAUCUAUCCUCUUCCUCAUGAAUCGUCCCUUUUCAGAGUCGGCGGUGUGGUAGUCUCGUAUUCAUCCGAGUUAGUGAUUCACUCCGACUCGACCGAGUCAUGGGUUACGUGAUCUUCAUAUCGUUUCCGGCGAUCCUUCUCCUUCUGAUCAUCGCCAUCGCUUUCUAUCUCAUCGGACGGAACAUCGGCCGCCGACAAGCUGCCACGCCUCCGCCGCACUUCCACUACGGACCUCCGGCGCCGCCGCCGGUGAGCCUUCCGACGCCUUCGUCUCCGCCGCACAAAGCCCAGGAGAAGCCGCCGGAGGUUUAGCUCCGGUGAAUCCAGACGGGAUUUCUCCUACACGGAUGUAUUUUAUGACGUUUGUAAUAUACAAUACGAAUAUCUUAUAAAUAUAUAUAUACAAGACGAAUAUGAGUUUUUGUGUGUGUUUU